AUGGCCGCCUCAGGACGGUCACUGGCUACUAUUCUGACUGCAGGGAGUGAAAACGCAGAGCCCGGGCAGGCGGUCACUGCUGCAGAAACCACCCUUGUAGUGGGCAACGCUGCUAGAACCCACAACGAAGCAGAUGGUGUCAACAAGAGGUGUCAGCAGGGGUGGAGUGUCAACAGAGGUGGUGUCAACAAGAGGGGUGGUGUCAGCAAGGUGGUGUGUCAGCAAGAAUGGCAUCAACAAGAGGGGUGUCAACAAGGGGUGGUGUCAGCAGGGAAUGGUGUCAGCAGAUGGCAUCAACAUGGUGGUGUCAACAAAGGGGUGGUGCCAACGAGGUGGUGUCAACAAGAGGCGCCAUCAACAAGAGGCGCCAUCAACAGAGCGCCAUCAACAGAGGCGCCAUCAACCAGAGGCGCCUCAACAAGAAGAGCGCCAUCAACAAGAGGAGCCAUCAACAGAGCGUCAUCAACAAGAGGAGCCAUCAGCAAGAGGAGCCAUCAACAAGAAACCAUCAGCCAGAGAGCCAUCAACAAGAGGAGCCAUCAACAAGAGGAGCCAUCAACAAGAGGCGUCAUCGCAGAAGCGCCAUCAACCAGAGGAGCCAUCAACAAAGAGGCGCCAUCAGCAAGAAGGCCAUCAACAGAGGAGCCCAUCAAUAAGAGCGCCAUCAGCCAGAGCGCCAUCAACAGAAGCGCCAUCAACCAGAGGCGCCAUCAACAAGAGGAGCCAUCAACAAGAGGCGCCAUCAACAAGAGGCGCCAUCAACAAGAGGCGCCAUCAACAAGAGGCGCCAUCAACAAGAGGCGCCAUCAACAAGAGGCGCCAUCAACAAGAGGCGCCAUCAACAAGAGGCGCCAUCAACAAGAGGCGCCAUCAACAAGAGGCGCCAUCAACAAGAGGCGCCAUCAACAAGAGGCGCCAUCAACAAGAGGCGCCAUCAACAAGAGGCCAUCAACAAGAGGCGUAAACGAGGGCGCCAACAACAAGAGCGUCAUCAACAAGAGCGCCAUCAACAAGAGGAGCCAUCCCGAAGAGGCGCCAUCACCAGAGGCGUCAUCAACAAGAGGCGUCAUCAACAAGAGGCGUCAUCAACAAGAGGCGCCAUCAACAAGAGGCGCCAUCAACAAGAGGCGUCAUCAACAAGAGGCGUCAUCAACAAGAGGCGUCAUCAACAAGAGGCGCCAUCAACAAGAGGCGUCAUCAACAAGAGAAAUUGACGGGCCUGUUGCUGCUACUGAUGCUGUUGCUGCUACUGAUGCUGAUGCUGCUACUGAUGCUGUUGCUGCUACUGAUGCUGUUGCUGCUACUGAUGCUGAUGCUGCUACUGAUGCUGUUGCUGCUACUGAUGCUGUUGCUGCUACUGAUGCUGAUGCUGCUACUGAUGCUGUUGCUGCUACUGAUGCUGCUACUGAUGCUGUUGCUGCUACUGAUGCUGUUGCUGCUACUGAUGCUGAUGCUGCUACUGAUGCUGUUGCUGCUACUGAUGCUGUUGCUGCUACUGAUGCUGAUGCUGCUACUGAUGCUGUUGCUGCUACUGAUGCUGUUGCUGCUACUGAUGCUGAUGCUGCUACUGAUGCUGAUGCUGCUACUGAUGCUUAUGGCACCAUGGUUUCCCUCUACCAGUAUGGUACCAUGAUCUCCCUCUAUCAGUAUGGCACCACGAUCUCCCUCUACCAGUAUGGCACCAUGGUUUCCCUCUACCAGUAUGGUACCAUGGUUUCCCUCUACCAGUAUGGUACCAUGAUCUCCCUCUAUCAGUAUGGCACCACUAUCUCCCUCUACCAGUAUGGCACCAUGGUUUCCCUCUACCAGUAUGGCACCAUGGUUUCCCUCUACCAGUAUGGUACCAUGAUCUCCCUCUAUCAGUAUGGCACCAUAAUUUCCCUCUACCAGUGUGGCACCAUGAUCUCCCUCUACUAG